GCUCAUUGUGGCGAAUUUCGAAUAUCAUCCCCAGGUCGCCCCCGCAACUGAGAAACUCACAACUUUAUAGACAACCUCUUUCAAUCCACCUUCAUAGACCCUAUAGUUCAUCGCACACCAUGUCUGAGCCUCUUGUCUUCAAGGGUACCCUCGCCGGACACUCCGGCUGGGUCACCGCCAUUGCUACCAGCCCCGAAAACCCAGACAUGAUCUUGACCGCUUCUCGAGACAAGACUAUCAUCGUCUGGCAGCUGUCCCGAGACGACACUUCUUUCGGAUUCCCGAAGAAGAUCCUCCACGGACACAACCACUUUGUCUCUGACGUUGUCAUUUCCUCAGACGGCCAAUUCGCCCUAUCCUCAUCUUGGGACAAGACUUUGAGACUGUGGGAUUUGAACACUGGUUUGACCACCCGAAAGUUCGUUGGCCACACUGGAGAUGUUCUUUCCGUUUCCUUCUCCGCCGACAACCGACAGAUCGUCUCCGCUUCCCGAGACCGAAGCAUCAAGCUCUGGAACACUCUCGGUGAAUGCAAGUUCAACAUUAUUGAUGACGGCCACACCGAGUGGGUUUCCUGCGUUCGAUUCUCCCCCAACCCCGUUAUCCCUGUCAUCGUUUCCGCCGGUUGGGACAAAGUCGUCAAGGUGUGGGAGCUCUCCAAAUGCAAGCUCAAGACAAACCACUACGGACACACUGGAUACAUCAACACUCUUGCUGUCUCUCCUGACGGUUCCCUCGCUGCCUCUGGUGGAAAGGAUGGAAUCACCAUGCUUUGGGACCUCAACGACGGCAAGCACUUGUACAGUCUCGAGGCCGGUGACAUUGUCAACGCCUUGGUUUUCAGCCCUAACAGAUACUGGCUGUGUGCUGCUACCUCCACUUCCAUCAAGAUCUUCGACCUCGAGUCCAAGUCCAUUGUCGACGACCUCCGAGCCGACUCUGUCGAGCCUGGUGCCGAGAACUCCGACUCCAAGCGCCCUCAAUGUCUCUCUCUCGCCUGGUCCGCCGACGGCCAAACCCUCUUCGGUGGAUUCAGCGACAACCUCGUCCGAGUCUGGACCGUCGUCGCUGCUUAAAUUGCUCUUAGAGGAUCAUGUGCAUGCAUUAUCGUUGGGCAUAG